GGCACAAGGAAGUCUGCCGAAUAAAGUAUUGUGCCUACUGCUGUGCCAUCUGCUGUUGGUACCAUCGACCGGCUUCCCGCGACUCAUUCCGCCGCUGCACACUGCACACGACUGAGUCUGCUGCUGGUACAGGUAGUCGACUCUGCCAUGGCAUCCAAAUUCCUACGGGAAUACAAGCUGGUGGUCGUUGGCGGUGGUGGUGUGGGAAAGUCCUGCUUGACCAUUCAGCUCAUCCAGUCGCAUUUCGUCGACGAGUACGACCCGACCAUUGAAGAUUCUUACCGCAAGCAAUGCGUCAUUGACGAAGAGGUGGCGCUCCUCGAUGUGCUCGAUACCGCCGGCCAAGAGGAAUACUCAGCGAUGCGCGAACAGUACAUGCGAACCGGGGAGGGUUUUCUGCUCGUCUACAGCAUCACAUCACGGCAGAGCUUCGAAGAGAUUGUGACGUUCCAGCAACAAAUACUGCGGGUCAAAGACAAGGAUUAUUUCCCCAUAAUCGUUGUGGGAAACAAGUGCGAUCUGGAGUCUGAGCGACAAGUGAGCACAGAAGAGGGCAGACAGCUCGCGCGACAGUUUGGUUGCAAAUUCAUCGAGACCUCGGCUAAGUCGAGAAUCAACGUCGAGAACGCCUUUUACGACAUCGUGCGCGAGAUCAGGAAAUACAACAAAGACAUGUCGGGAUACCCUGGAGGUGGUGGUUCUGGGAGUAAGCCCAAGGACGAGUUUCAGGUGGAUCAGGAGCAAGAUGCGGGAUGCUGCGGGAAAUGCUCGGUAAUGUAAAGCGGUCGUGUCGUGUCUGUAACACGAGACUUGUGGGGUGUGAGGAGAAGUCUCUACCAUACGUCCAUAAUCGGCAGCUCCGCUCCCAGGAAGAAGCGUGGGAGGAGAAGAGCAGCAGGAGCAGCAGCAGCAGCAGCAACAGCAGCAGCAAAGCGGAACGAAACACACUUGCAUUGGGUAUCGGACGACACUUUUAGAACGAACGCGAACGAGCGAGCGAAGCGCGCGCCACAUGACCAAAACAUUCACACACCACAAAUAGCGCUGCCUGCCAUCCAUGAACCAGGCACAGCGGCAACCAACGCACCCAUCCAAAUAGGACUCUGCUGCAUUUUACAAUAUGCCUUAUAUCGCAGCGGAAUACCCCACCACGAGCAACUCAAUUCCAAAAGGAGGAAAAGAUCCAACCCAAGGGGAGAGGGCAGGGCAGAGGGAAGGGGGGGGCGUUAUUGCAAAGAAAACCAGGCGGGUGGCUCGAUAUUAUCCAACGAGAUCAACACCCACGGCAGAGAUAAUGAUGUUGUUUGUUUGAGGUUUCUUUUUCUUGCCUGCGUGCUUGCUUGCCGCUCUUCUCUCUCGCACUACUCCUCUGUACAGCCAGCUCCAUUGGGCGUCUUUGCCGCCGCCGUCGUCCCCAUUAGAUUCUGAUACCUUAUUGUCUUUUGACCUCACCAUUUCAC